CUCCCAUACGGUGAGCUCGGUGAGUUGGACCAACAAAGAGAACACUACUGAGUACUUCAAGGGUAACAAUUGCUGAUAGUGUACUAGCUAGUAGCUAGCUAGACUAGCUAGUUUGAGGACCGCAAAUUGCUUUUGCUUCAAGUAAGUACGGUACAGUACUGUAGCUAGCUAGUGUGUUGCAGCAAGUUCACUGUAUUCUGCUUCCAGGUGCUUCCCCAUUGCCUCAAUCCGACCCUUCAAUCACACUCUAUCCCCAACAUCCCCUUUCCAUUGGAGCAACAGUUAGUUUAACUCAAGCUGGAGCCGCCGCUCUCAUACAGCCCGUGCCCUGGUCGCCUUAGCGGUAACGACAACAACCUCUCACAGAAAAUUUAAAACAAUUCAUCGUCUUCCUUUGCCAUGAUCGAAACGGACUUUUGGCCGGUGGCAGGCAGUCGACACAACGCAACAUCGUGUCUCCGCCGCUCCAUCAAUGACUAUUGCAACAACCAAGAUGUGGAAGCGGCGUUGCGAGAGAGUCUGCGCCGUUCCAAGUUACCAAAAGCGCGGUCACUGCGGGAUGUCUUUUGGCGUAUGCCUGCCAUCAACUCGGGGCCGCAUCAUCACCAGGAUGCCAUUGACGAAGAGAUACGUCGUCUAGAAUCACUCAAGUCCUUUCAAAUCCUGGAAGGCUAUUCCGCCACCCCAAGUCACCAGCACAACAACAUAAGCCUCGCCUGUCCCAGCAGCAGUCCGCAAGUGGCAUCCGAUGCUUCCACUCCCAAAGCGGGCAACGAGGCCGCUGUGAACGACGACGACCUGGGUUCCACCGUGUCCACCUUGAACCGGUUGGUCAGCCUGGCCACCAGCAUGUUUGACGUGCCCAUUGCGCUGGUUUCCCUCACCGACUUGGGCCAACAAAACAUUCUAGCUGCGCAAGGUCUUGGUUGUGAAGUCGCGGAACUGCCACUGGGACUGCCGCGACAAAAGUCGAGUCCCUGUGCGCAUGCCGUUCUGAGCAAAGACGACCAAAUACUGGUCGUUCCAGAUAUCAAGGAGGAUGCCCGAUUUGACUUGCAGGACUUCGACGACGACAACGAAGAAGAAGAAACCAGAAUCCCAGAGACCCUCCGCAACCAACGAUUCUACGCAGGGGCACCACUCCUCUCGCCGGAGGGGGAGAACAUUGGGGUUUUCUGCAUUUUGGAUACAAGGCCUCGGAACGAGGGACUCGAUGACAGACAGGAGGAAGAUCUCCGCCACCUGGCAGGCUUGGCCAUGAACGCACUGGUGGAACGACGCACCCGCUCAACGUUACGACAUGAUCUGCAGGAGGCAAAUAGAGCGGCUUCGGCCACGAUACACGACUUGCUCACGCCCUUGACAGCGGUAGAGUUGGCAGUUUCAUUGCUGCGUGAAGAUCAAGAUUUCCAAAACAAACUCUCGCAUCGGCAGAAAGAGUCCGUCAAGAUCGCUUCCAACUGCGUUGGUGUUCUCGCAAAGAUGUGCCGGAGGAUGAGAGAUCAGCAUAGCAACAGCUUCAAGCAGCAACAGGCCCACUGCUGCUCGAGUGCCAGUCACGAUAGCUUUCAACCGCCGCAAGAAGUUCCACACGACAGCGGAUGUGUGCAGUUGGCCAAUGCCGACUUGGGACUCACGGCGGACUCGUUCCGAAUCAUGUACGGAUCCGGGUACCUCAAUGGUGUGGAAGAUCCAGACAAAGCCGACGCAGCAACGCCAACACUCCCGUUGUCCACUGUGGUCGUCAAGGACUUGGCAAAGAGUAUCCACAUGUCGGUUGAUGCAGUCCACAAUACCAUCCCAGUGAAGAUUGAAUUGCACGGCUCGGUUCCCUCCAAGAUUCUCACCGAUGAUGUCAAGGUCCUGCGAUGUGCCAUGAACUUGCUGCGGCAUUGUUCGUCUUUAGCCAACGAUCCAUCAGGUUCCAUUCGGUUCAGUAUUAGACCCCAACACUGCCGAUGUGGCAAAUCAAUGUUGCUCUUCUAUUGUUGUCAAGAACAACCAGACGUUGGUACAGAAGGUGCCAAUGUCGACAGUCCGCGCACUUGCGAGUGCUGCACAGAGCAAGUUACCUCAGAAGAAACAAAACUGGAUUCAAGUAAUGAUUGCUGUCAUCGACGGUGCGCCAUGGAGCGACAGGGCUUUAAACGUUGCUCCGAGGUCGAUUUGUAUUCCAUUGCAAUGCAAGUCGAGUCUUUGGGCGGGGACUGUGGCAUCGAUGAUCAAGGGGCACACAUGAAGACCAAUGAUAGCAGUGACUCCAGCGCGCUAGCAAAGAAGGGCUAUUGGUUCCGCAUUCCUCUGGCCGAGCCCGAAAGCACGGAACAUAUCGAACUGGAAGCCACCAACGCAUCGCAAUCAAGUACAUGUAGUAGUGAUAACACUGUCGAGCAACCGGCUCAGCUGUGCGAGAAACCCCAAGCCUCUACCAGUGAAUCUACGGGUACUGCGCUAGUCUUGGAAGCACAGCCUCGAAAACGCCGGGCUCUCAUCAUCGAAGACUCCAUCGUGAUUCGAAAAGUUAUUGCAAAUGCUCUCUCCAAGAUUGGCUUUGAGACAGAGACUGCGGUCAAUGGCAUGGAAGGUCUCCACCAGAUGCAGAACUCCAUGUACGAUGUUGUUCUCUGCGAUCUCCUUAUGCCAGUGAUGGACGGUUUGGACUGUGUGAAACAGUUCAGACAAUGGGAGAAGAUUCAUCGACCACUCCUGAAGCAGUACAUCAUAGGAAUGAGCGCCCAUGCAAGUGAACAAGACGUAAAACGCGUUCUACAGGGAGGCAUGGAUUGCUACAAAGACAAGCCCUUGACUUACAAGGGUCUCAAGAGUCUCGUCGGUGCAUGUGGACAGAACCAGCAACAGCAGCAAAACCUUGGCUCGAAUGCGAUGAAUGCGCAGGAUCAGAAUGAACCCAAGAUCCUGAACGGUGACAAAGUGUCAGUCGACGGUAGCAAGGCACCGGAAUACCCUAGACUUCAACAGAAGAUGUGCCUGAUCGCUGCCAAGAAUGCGGAUGCUUCUCACGAUCUUGCUCGGCUAACUGAAGCGAAAGGCUGGCGGAGCUUGGUGUUAAAUUGUGGCGCUGAUGCCCUCGAAGCAUUGAAGAAGAGAAACUGGGAUGCAGUCUUCUUGGAAGAACGUUUGCCCCUGCUAUCUGGAAAGAGCUGUGCUGCCGAGUUUCGAGAGUGGGAGAAAGAAAAUCGGAUCAACCAGCAAACUCAUCUCUACAUCAUGUCCGACAAGGCCAAAGCGAUCCCUCCGGGUGCGAACGGCAUCUUGAAUCAACCGGUGAAUCCACGAGAAUUUGAAGCACUUCUAACAAAGGCUGGAGUGUUUCCUUCUUUGUCAAUCAUUAUGAGAUAAAAACUAUACUAUAUAGGGCACAUUACAUCAAGGUGGAUUCAUUUCAAUUCGACCAGAAGGAAGCAUUCUUGACUGCCGCU